UCGGAUCUGCUGGACGAGGUCUUCUUCAACAGCGAGGUGGACGAGAAAGUGGUGAGCGACCUGGUGGGCUCGCUCGAGUCGCAGCUGGCGGCCAGCGCGGCCCACCACCACCACCUCGCGCCGCGCACGCCCGAGGUGCGGGCCGCGGCCGCCGGCGCGCUCGGGAACCAUGUUGUGAGCGGCAGCCCGGCCGGAGCCGCGGGCGCAGGGCCGGCCGCCCCCGCCGAGGGCGCGCCCAUAAUUGGCGGACGCCCGCCGGGCGCGCCGGAGCGGCGCCGGAGCCGCCCCGGCAUGGUAUGAGCCGCGGCCGGGGCGGGGCCCGCGCGGCCGGCCCCUCCUCCGCGCGGCCCCUUGUCCGCAGGAGGCCCGCGCCGCCCGCCGCGAAGGCUGAGGCCGCCGCCGAGGCAGGGGGCCUGCGCCCCGGCCGCGCGCCGUCCCUCGCCGCGGCCCGAGCCGCCCCCGCCGGCCCGCCAAGCGCCCGACGCCGCGCCCUGGCCGCCGCGCGCCGGCCCCGGCCCGGCGCCCGGCCCUGCCUGCUGCAAGCCGCCGGCCCCGGCGGCGCGCAACUUGAAUGGGAGCGCCGCGCUGCUGACUCGCCACGCCGCCGCACCUGCUGUCAGCCUGGUCAACAACGGGCCGCCGCCGCGUGCUGCCGCUGCCCAAGCCCGCCGCCCCGGCACUGUCAUCCAGACGCCCCCUUCGUGGCCGCCCGCCGCGCCCCGCGCCGCCGCGCCCUCGCCCGCCGCGCGCCCGCCGCGCCCCGCCGCCGCCCGCCCCGCCACCCCCGCGCCCGCACCCCUGGCGCCGCCCGGCCACCCUGCCGGACCCCCGACCGCCGUGCCCGCUGCGCCGCCCCCUGCCGCAGCCCAGAACGGGCAGCGCCGGGCAGCCCCGCCCCGCCCCGGCCCCGGCCCCGCGGUCAGCGGCCAGCGGCCUGGCGCGGCGGCUGCAGCGCCAGCGCCGGGGGUCAAGGCCGAGUCGCCCAAGACGGUGGUGCAGGCGGCGCCCCCGGCGGCGCAGACCCUGGCGGCCAGCGGCCCGGCCAGCACGGCUGCCAGCAUGGUCAUCGGGCCAACUAUGCAAGGGGCGCUGCCCAGCCCCGCCGCCGUCCCACCGCCCGCCCCCGGGACCCCCACCGGGCUGCCCAAAGGCGCGGCCGGCACAGUGACCCAGAGCCUGCCCCGGACGCCCACGGCCACCACCAGCGGGAUCCGGGCCACCCUGACGCCCACCGUGCUGGCCCCCCGCCUGCCGCAGCCGCCUCAGAACCCGACCAACAUCCAGAACUUCCAGCUGCCCCCAGGAAUGGUCCUCGUCCGAAGUGAGAAUGGGCAGUUGUUAAUGAUUCCUCAGCAGGCCUUGGCCCAGAUGCAGGCGCAGGCCCAUGCCCAGCCUCAGACCACCAUGGCGCCCCGCCCUGCCACCCCCACAAGUGCCCCUCCCGUCCAGAUCUCCACCGUACAGGCACCUGGAACACCUAUCAUUGCACGGCAGGUGACCCCAACUACCAUAAUUAAGCAAGUGUCUCAGGCCCAGACAACGGUGCAGCCCAGUGCAACCCUGCAGCGCUCGCCCGGCGUCCAGCCUCAGCUCGUUCUGGGUGGCGCUGCCCAGACGGCUUCACUUGGGACGGCAACGGCUGUUCAGACGGGGACUCCUCAGCGCACAGUUCCAGGGGCAACCACCACUUCCUCAGCUGCCACGGAAACUAUGGAAAACGUGAAGAAAUGUAAAAAUUUCCUAUCUACGUUAAUAAAACUGGCUUCAUCUGGCAAGCAGUCUACAGAGACAGCAGCUAAUGUGAAAGAGCUCGUGCAGAAUUUACUGGAUGGAAAAAUCGAAGCAGAAGAUUUCACAAGCAGGUUAUACCGAGAACUUAAUUCUUCACCUCAACCUUACCUUGUGCCUUUCCUGAAGAGGAGCUUACCCGCCUUGAGACAGCUGACUCCCGACUCCGCGGCCUUCAUCCAGCAGAGCCAGCAGCAGCCGCCACCGCCCGCCUCGCAGGCCACCACUGCGCUCACGGCUGUGGUGCUGAGUAGCUCAGUCCAGCGCACGGCUGGGAAGACGGCGGCCACCGUGACCAGUGCCCUCCAGCCCCCUGUGCUCAGCCUCACGCAGCCCACACAGGUCGGCGUCGGCAAGCAGGGGCAACCCACACCGCUGGUGAUCCAGCAGCCUCCGAAGCCAGGAGCCCUGAUCCGGCCUCCGCAGGUGACGUUGACGCAGACACCCAUGGUCGCCCUGCGGCAGCCUCACAACCGGAUCAUGCUCACCACGCCUCAGCAGAUCCAGCUGAACCCGCUGCAGCCAGUCCCUGUGGUGAAACCUGCUGUGUUACCUGGAACCAAAGCCCUUUCCGCUGUCUCGGCACAAGCAGCUGCUGCACAGAAAAAUAAACUCAAGGAGCCUGGGGGAGGUUCGUUUCGGGACGAUGAUGACAUUAAUGAUGUUGCAUCAAUGGCUGGAGUAAACCUGUCGGAAGAAAGUGCAAGAAUAUUAGCCACCAACUCUGAAUUGGUGGGUACGCUAACGCGGUCCUGUAAAGAUGAAACGUUCCUCCUCCAAGCGCCUUUGCAGAGAAGAAUAUUAGAAAUAGGUAAAAAACAUGGUAUAACGGAAUUACAUCCAGAUGUAGUAAGUUAUGUAUCACAUGCCACGCAACAAAGGCUACAGAAUCUUGUAGAGAAAAUAUCAGAAACGGCUCAGCAGAAGAACUUUUCUUACAAGGAUGACGACAGAUACGAGCAGGCGAGUGAUGUCCGGGCACAGCUCAAGUUUUUUGAACAGCUCGAUCAAAUCGAAAAACAGAGGAAGGACGAACAGGAGCGGGAGAUCCUGAUGAGGGCAGCAAAGUCUCGGUCAAGACAAGAAGAUCCAGAACAGUUAAGGCUGAAACAGAAGGCAAAGGAGAUGCAGCAACAGGAACUGGCACAAAUGAGACAGCGGGACGCCAACCUCACAGCACUAGCAGCUAUCGGGCCCAGGAAAAAGAGGAAAGUGGACUGUCCAGGACCGGGCUCGGGAGCAGAGGGGUCGGGCCCCGGCUCGGUGGUCCCAGGCAGCUCGGGGGUCGGAGCCCCCAGACAGUUCACGCGACAAAGAAUCACGCGGGUCAACCUCAGGGACCUCAUAUUUUGUUUAGAAAAUGAACGUGAGACAAGCCAUUCACUGCUGCUCUACAAAGCAUUCCUUAAGUGACACAGGAGGACGCCUGGGGACUUUUUAUAUAUUUGCAGAUUACGCCUUUUUGUAACAAGCAAAUGGGAUAUUGUUUAAAAAACAGCCACCUCUUUACGAUGGAACAGUUUUAUAUUUUCCUGUUUCUAAAUCAACUCUUCAGUGUGAAAGAAAAGACGUUUCUGUAACAGAGAGAACACAAAGGCCUGUGGAUACUCUUAAAGGACAAUUAAAUCUUAACUCAUCUUGAUUGAGUGGCCUUCUUGCCAAACAAGCCAUAUAUAAAGACUGAUGGAAUCGUUAGCAAAUAAUUAGCUGCCCUCUGUCAACUCAUAGCAGUUUCUGCAUUAUUUGUGCAUUUUGGUUUAGUUCUACCUAACUUACUGUGUAGGUGUAUGUCUACAGCCGAUGACCUCAUUUUAUUUUAUUUUUGUAAUAGUCAGUUAGCAAAGCAAACUGAUUUUUUAGGACUUAUUUAUCCUUCCUUCCUCCUCUC